AUGCUUGCUGACCACAACCCCCGGGGCUCAUCAGCAUCAUUGCCCAUAGUGAGGUCUGCAACAGUGUACUCCGCCACGGCACAGACGGCGCUCACAGCUUACUCCAUAUAUGGCAAGCAGCCGCUGCCGAGCGCCAGGCUCCGCCCCCCGCAAUGUUCCCCUAUAGAAGAAACAGCCGGAGGAAGGGAGCGGCGCUCGCAACCCUCGCAGCUGGCUCCGCCCCCCGCGGAUGGCUUUAAAAUGAAUCUCAAUGUUUGGAACAUCAAAGACAUGUUCAGCAUUCCCCCAGGAGCCGGAGCUUAUAAGUCUUCAAAUCGAAAUGGUGCUUCCAGUGACCAUUCCAGCCUGACAGAUUCACAGUUCCUGUUCAGUUCACAGUGUUGCCCUGAGAACUCUCAGCCUGGAUCCGUGGAUUAUAAAUCGCAAACAAAUUAUCAGAGGAACUCAAAUCCUAACUCGCAGGAGAGUGAACCAGGCAUGUAUCAGAAAUACCGCUCUAAGCCUCCUUUGUGCUGCACUGAUAGUAAAGAAAGGGGCCCAUUUCAGACAUUUGGAAAAGGAAAUAGCAAAAGCAUUAUUGAGCAAUUUGAAGAAAGCAAGAGAAAGGCUAAAGAAAAAUAUGAGAGUGAGCAAUUAAACCAGCUGAUCUGCCAAGUUCAUGUCACUGUACAGGAGUUGAAAAUGACUCUCUGCCAUGUGGAAGAAAACACAAACUUAAAGUGCAAGUCAAUUUUGGAUUCCAUGGAUGCAACUUCUAAGGCUUUGCAGCAAAAUAUUGCUUCUUACCACGAGUCAAUGCAGAAAAUGCAGAAUACAAAGUGCAGUUGCAGACAAAUGUUGUUGGACUUAGAGAAUAAAAUACUUUUGAAAGAUGCCGAGCUGACAGAUCUGAAAUCAAACGUACAGCUGCUAGUGAAGGGCAUGGACGCUAUGAAGUCACAGCAGUGUGAAAAGCACCUGGAGCUGUCAGAAAAAUUAACAUGGUUGUCAAAUUCCAUAAAGUCAUCAGAAGAUAAAAUACUGAGCGAGAUUCACAACCUUAAUUGUCUCUCUAAGCCAGCGUGUCACUUGAAAGAAAAUACUACGCAGACAUCUCCCGCAAGUGUUCAAGACCUGCCUGCAGAGGAACAUAGCACAUCACAGUACAAAACAAGGACUUUUGUAGAUUGCUCUGCUCUUUCACAAAGCAGUGUUCAGAACACUUGGGAUAGAAUUAGUGAUGGAUGUUCUUCUUCUCUAACUGGAUUCAAGGGUGUAACAACACGUUCUGCACAAUCUGCCGAAAGCACUGGGAACUGUUGCAUUACCUUGGAAUCUCCAGGGGACUAUCCAGGAUCAAACACUGGUGGCCGAAGAGUACAUUUCAGUAAAGGCGUCACUACGGAUGAUAGAGCUGUACGCCGUCUGCAGCAAUUUUAUCACAACGAUCACUGUGUCCCUGCGGCCCAGAAUCAUCUCCUUCAGCAAACACAGCCACACAAUGGGAAAGAAAACAGAUUAUUUACAAGCAGGCCUAAGGAAAAGUCCCAGACUCUAAGAAAACCAAAAGCAAAUAAGCAUAAGAAACAUUCCAAGAAUAGAAGAGGCUUUUCUAUUAAAAAUACUACACAAGUUAUUUCCAGAGCAGUAGCUAGUAAUGCACAGGAGGAAUCUAAAAAUGAACCCGUCACUCACAAAUGGGGUAACUCUGUCAGACAGACGGAAAAUUAUUUUACGCUUUAUUCCGAGAGAUGUGAGCCUUCCUUACCUGUCAUUCCCGGGCUGGUGAGGAAAGCUCAGAAAAAAAAUAGCCUGAAAUGUACGUUGCUUAGUAGACAACAAACAAUAAAGCAGCAUGCGAAGAAAGAGGCUAGCGACUGUGAUAGGGACAACAUUCCAAAAGCAGAAGACUAUCCAGAAAACAGCGACCUGCCCAUAUGGGAUUACAACCCUUUGUAUUAUAGUACAGAUUGUGAAAACAACAUGCUCUGGUCUUCACCCUCAAGUCCCUCACUCAACAUCACUUCUACAACUUCCAUCCUACAAAAGCAGCAGCAAGACUUGAUUUCUGUGUUUUUCGAUAGUAGUGAUAAUUCUAAUUGA